AUGAAGGUGAUGAAGGCAAAGGCAGUCCGCACUUUGCCGAAGAGUGGCAUCGCCGCCCAAGUGGCUGAGAACACGGGCUUGAAGAAGUCUGAGGUUACACAGGUGCUGUCCAACUUGGCUGACAUCGGCGCAGCAGAGGUAAAGAAGACAGGCAAGUUCGUCUUUCCCGGCCUCUGCAUGAUCAAGACCCGCAAGAAGGCGGCAACGAAGGCCGGCGUGCGUGUUAUGUUUGGCAAGGAGGUAAAGAUCAAGGCGCAGCCUGCCAAGACGAUUGUGAAGGCGUACCCGGUGGCGGCGGUCAAGAAACAAUUCUAG